AUGCCUUCUCCAGCACGUUUUCUUGCACUUGCUGCUCUUUUUGUUUCUGCUCGUGCUGCACUCGUUCCACCUGGACACCAGGGCUCCCCCAAUCAGCCAGUUGAUGUAUCUGAAGCUGACGCCCCGACGACCGACAGCAACGCCAUUGUCCAGACUUUAGGGCAAGUCGAUCAGAAAAGUAGUCCGCCCCAUGAUGCGCCCCCAAGCGCUGAUGUCCCGCCCACGACUGUUACCGCAAUUGACGGCUCUCUCACCAAUGCGACUGUCUCGACUGUCGCUGGCUCUAGCUCUGACACGACCCCCUCCACUCGGAAGCGUCGCAAUCUCGGCCGUCUCGGCAAACGCACUUCCGGCUUCAAGAAAGUGUUUGAUGGCCUUCCGGCCGGCCAACACGACGCGUCUAUUCAGGGAACUGCUUACCUCACCUACACUGUCGUUCCCAACAGCACUUACAAUGUACAAGCGUGCUUAGACUGGUGCACCCAGCGUGUCGACGGCUGUGUCUUCGUGAACCUUUUUUACGAGUACAACAACUAUCUGCUUGACUUUGUCUUCUCCGAGAAGUCCAACCUCAAAUGCGCGGCCUAUGGCGACGUCCACAAUGCCACCGAAAAGCUCAACUUUGGUGGCCAGUCAUCGUAUCCCCAAGUCGGCAGUGAACCCGUUCCCCUGACGUAUAUCACGCAGAGCAGCGGUUACGCCGCUGACUCCCUCGUCGACCCUGAUACUCCUGAUGGCUAUGAUCUCGUUUUCGGGCCAACUGGAGGCGCGAACAAUGCUCCUGGCUACAUGGGUUUCGCGUUCCUUGACAAGUACGAUGUGAAUGCCUGUGCUCAGCUUUGCAAUGGCCGUGGCGUCGACCCACUCGGCGGUGGAUGCUCUUAUUUCAACAUCUGGCGCGCUGUUGUCAAGGGUGUGCCAACAACUUACAGCUGCGCGAUGUAUUACCUCGUUGCUGACGAGUCUACUGCCGUCAACUACGGGCAGGGUGAUCUUGUCGUGACCAUGUCUCGUGGAUAUGCUCGCAAAAACUUGGUCAUUGAUGGAGGUUUCGAGGGAUACACCGCUUGCGACGACUUCUGCUUCACCGAGUCCUACUCCAACUGGAUCGGAACGUCCUCCAAGGGUGGUAGCCUUGAUGCGAGCAUUUUCCACUUCCAGCCUUAUGCCCAUUUUGGCAGUGGGGUAGCACUUCUUGGCGCAGCAUUCGGCGAUGAUAGCUUGAGUGGAACUCUCACCCCCGCCAAACCAUUGGCUACCGACAAAGGAGCAAACUACGUUGUCCAGGUCUUCUUCAUUUCGUCCUUCUCGAGCCAAGCACUAGAAGGCCCGGCCAAGGUCGACAUUUUAUGGAAUGGCAAACGCGUUGGAGGCACGAGCGGCUUUGUUGGCUCGUAUACAUUCUCCCAAUCCGAUACCGUCGUUGGAACGGGCAAAGAUGUGCUCUCAUUUGUUGGUGGCGCAGCUCCUGCCUGGACCUUCGUCGAUGACGUCAAGGUCUUCAAAGUGUAA